AUGUUUUCAAACCUAAAUUCAGGGAAUAUGCUGGGAAAAUCAAAUUAACAGAAUUCACUUUAAUUUGGGCCUCCACCUUCCUUAUAAACAAAUCAUAGCAAUAUUUUUGGGACUAUGUAAUCAUAACCCAUUUCAUAAAUGCCUUUACUUUUUGGCUAGUAAUAGUAAAUCGCGCCACAAAAUUAAUCAACUUUUGGUAUCAAACAACUAUAAUAACAGGGAUAGUCGAACAUAGCGCCGAUUUUAUUUGGUCUAUCUUAAAAUGUAACCCCAAAUUAUUAUAAUUAAUAAUAAUAAAAUACGUUUGGCCAGAAUCCCAUCUAGAUUGGAAAUUCAUUCCAAUUAGUUUAAGAACCUUUGAUAAAUCCUUAUUAGUAAUAAUAAAAUUCAAUGUUGUUUCAACUAAAUGAUGUGAAUGUAUUCAGAGACAAAUUUAGUAUGCUGAUUCAAAAAUUGACGGACAUAGAAAAAUAGAAGGGUUCUUUCAAGCAGAUCUAUUAACAGCAAUAAUGGUAACAAAUGCUUUAACCAUUGGGUUAAACAAUAUUCAGUAUAGAUACAACAAAUGUGCUUGAAACAUCGGAUUAACUUUUGGCAGGAUAAAAGGAGUUAUCAAGGAAAUUAGAUAAUUAUAUAGCUACUUUGGGAUUGGUUCAAAAAAUAUCGGAGGAUGGAUUGGAUAUUUUGAAAAAAGAAGAGGCGUAAUUAGCUAAUUAUUAAAAGGUAUAAUAAUCAAUGAAAGACUUUCAAGAAUAAUUGCAGGGAUUGAAUACUGGAAAGCAUCACUUUACGACUCCUUAAUAGUAUUAGGAAUAAAUAAUUCGGGAAUAAGCGGAGCAUUUAGAUUUAUUGUAAAAUGCAGUAGACAAGGCUAUUCAAAGUUAUGAAAAGGAACCAAAUAUGAAUCAGGAUGAACUUUUGUAGUGUAAAUAUCUACAUUUACAAGCAUUAACACGUUAUCUUUAUAUGCUUUCUGUGAAAAUCCGAAAUAUAAAUGAAAGAUGUAUUUAGACUACUGCUUUUGAAGCUAAGGUGUUGUCACAAUUUUAGAGUGAGAAAAAAUUUGAUGAGUUUAGUACAAUAGAGACACAGAAGGAGAUUUUGGAUAGAAUCUUAAGAGAGGAAAUAUGA